AUGGAGAGCUUCGAGGAUAUGCAAAGUCGACAUCGUAAGGAGCAAAAAGACCUGCAAGGACGUAUAACACAAAAGAAGAAAGGCGCAUCGAAGAAGACUCGCAAAGGUGUAAACAACGAAUGUGAGGAACUGGAACGACAAUUGAAGGAACGGCAAGCUCAAGAGAUAGCAUCUUUGGAUGGUGAUAAUGUUCCAGAUAUCGAUGAUGUUCCAGAGCUUGACGAGGAAGCUUCAGAAGCUUCUGUGAAUGCGACUGAUGUAAAUGGUGUCAACAAUAUUACCGACUCUUUAGAGAAAUCCACAAUUGCGGAAACAACACAAUCUGAAUCAGGACAGCCUAAAAAGCGCAAUCGACAGAAGGAAAGGCUUGCACGAAGAGCAGCAGAACAAGAAGCUGCUAUAGAGGAAGCUAAGAAAGAAGCCGCGAAUAUGCCUGAUGAAAAAGAAGUAGAGAGGAAACGAAUGCAGGAGGAAUUCGCCUCGAGAAAUUUACAGGAGAAACAAAUCAGACCCGAUGGACAUUGCCUUUUCUCUGCCAUAGCCGAUCAAUUAUCACAAGCUGGAAUACCUCUUGGAGCCGAAGCAGAAGGAUUGAAGGACGAUCAGCGCUACAAAGUGGUCCGCAAAGCAGCCGCAACAUAUAUCGAAGGACACCCAGAUGAUUUUGUUCCAUUUUUAGACGAACCUCUCGAGAAUUAUAUUCACAAAAUUAGAGAUACUGCGGAAUGGGGUGGUCAUUUGGAACUUCUUGCUCUCGCAAAGACAUACAACGUUGAGAUUUGUGUUUUACAAAACGGAGCUGCCCAGAAGAUUGAGCCUGGAACAGACAAACCCGAGACGAUUCAUCUGGCAUACUAUCGACACGGAUUUGGAUUGGGCGAACACUAUAACUCCCUUCGAAGAGCACCAUAA